UUUGCCCAGAACGUGUGAAUGACCCUUGACAUAUUUCGGAACUUUGGUUUUUAAGUUCUUUUCAGAUUCGGAUAGAAAUUAUUUUCGUAUUGCAAUGAGAAUGAUAAUAGCAUGACAAGCAAUUGGUUUACGGUUUUCGAUUGAACUAGUAUUCUGUUCGAUUCAUUACGUUUCUGUAUUAGGAAUCGCAUAAUAUCAAUUGGAUUGUUACCGAGUGUGGGCGCUGAACGGAUUACGAGUGUUCAGUGGUUGCUCCAAAAGUGGUAUCAAUGUUGUCUGGCAAUGGUGUGUAAAGAGAACGUGGUAUCAUGGUUCGGAAAUUUGUCCAGUUAUAAACGUAUUGAUGUGAUGUGCACACUACUAAAUAUGUGCUUACCGUUUGAAAUACGGUAUAUCGGUACCUGCGUUGAAGACCAAGGGAAGCGUGAUUACAAUGAUCUACGUGAUACAGAGCACCAUGCCAACAGUGUUAUGGAACUGACGGAAUUGACAUCUGAAAGUGUUACAGAAAAACGCACACGAAGAAAACUUGUUCUUUACAUGGCAUUAUUACAUUCUUGUAAUUAUGCUUGUGCGGUUGUACUGUACAAGAACUUGGCAAAUUUGGAUGUUCAAGAAGUUAUAAACUUGUUAAACGGGACCAGUUCAAAUCAAGAAGAUCAAUCUCUUGAAGAACUUUUGCUACUUUACGCAAUGGCACUUAAUCAUCCUGCUUUUACUUAUGACCAAAAAAAUACAUUUGGUAAUAUUUUCGUUAAACUACAGGAGGAAGAAGCACGACUUAGUACUGCAAAGUCAAGUACUUCAACGUCCAACAAAUCAACUCAAAGUUGUUUACCCUUUGUAUCAAAUGAUCGUAUGAUAGAUGUUGAAAUGGGAUCUAACUGUAUUGUACCUUCAACAAUGCCAACUUAUCCUGGUGAAAUGCGUGGGAAUGCACUUUACACGAGUAUUCCUCCAGGUCUAAGUAUUCCACCCCCAGGCUUAUGCUUGCCUUCUCCAGAACAAAUGUCAAUGGGAUCUGGCAUAAACACACAAUAUGUUCAUGUUGGUUUUCCAACAAUGAAUCACAUGCAACCAUGGACGGGACAGGUUCUGAUGGGCAAUCAGUUAAUGUAUCACACAGGUGAAAUGUUGGCGUAUCCACCCUCUCCAUUAGUUAGUCGCCAAUCAUCACCCUCCCAAUCACGAUCUCCUAGUCGCAAUAACUCACCAUCUCGAAAAAACAGUUCAGUAGCUCGCACGUCUUCUCAAGUUACUCAAACUGUAUCUAAUGUUCUGUCAUCAACAAGCUCCUCCAAUAACCAAACGAAUAUCGCAAGUUCCUCUGCUUCUUUCUUACCUCCUCCCACAGCAGCUUCCAUGAACAGAAGUUUGCCUAGUCAACCACCUUUACUCCAUCCACGGUCCAACCCUCCGCCAAUAAUUAGCACAGCUUCUUACACUCAUAACAAUGCUGAAAUCUCAGCUACUCAUUGCUCAUCUUUGGCAAAGCAACCACCACCUCGUUUAAGAUCAACAGGUUUUUGUGAUUCUUUAAGAGAAACUCUAGGAAAGGAAAUGCCCAAUUACAAGGGAAACCUACAAAAUUUCACUCUUGAUGAGAUAAGGCAGAUGAGCGAUGAAGAUCUCAGAGAUAUUGGAUUAACUUCUAAUGCUGUUGGGCAAUUGCGAAACAUUGUAAAAAGUCAAACUUCAAAUGGAUUAAGUCAAAUGACCAGCGAUAAGAAAGGAGAAUAUCUUAAUAAUUCAUCGAGUAUUGGAGAUCAAAAGGAUAACGAGAUGUCCUCUGGCUUGGAAAAUAGUGACGUGAAUAUGAAUGCCAAGUCAUUAUCAGGGCAAGAACAUUCACCAAUUCCUCAACAUCAGAGCCAUUACAGUGUACCAAAUAUUCGGCGUUAUCCAAAUAUACCACCUAUGGAUCCUUCGAAUAUGCAAAUGUACGCCACACCUCCAAUGUAUGCAGCUCAAGCUCCACCAUGCUAUGCAUGCCUUGCGGUUCCCUUGGCUGGAGUACAAAAUCGAUAUUCCAGAUGUAAUGCUCAACAUGUUUACUGUUUGGGACAACUGCAGGCUUUGAGGUUAGACCCUGAGAACAAUCGACAUUGUUCUCAAAGUAGUAGCUCGGAGAGCACAGGGAGUCGCUCUCCGCCUGAAACACCUCCGGCAGCUGCCUGGGUGGGUGGUGCGGAAGUGAAUCCUUCAAUACCAUCGGCUACGGAUCAUCUUGGUUCAACGCCGGUUCAUUCUGUUGCAUCAUCUCUUCUUCCUCAAUCACAACCAAUGCCACCACCGCCCGAAAGGCAGCGAAAUAGAAAAAGUCAAACACACGUUGUGCGACAUAAAAGUCAAAUGGUAAAUGGAGCAGGACUGCCAAACGUUCAACAUUGCAUGUCAUUUCCUAUGCCACCGCCUCAUUCACAGUUUACGUAUUUACCGCACGGUCACUAUCCAAGUAUGCGACCAAGUAGUGGAGUUUAUUCGAAUUUUUCACCGGCGGUGUUUGCUCGGCCUGCAUUUCCGACCACUUAUCAACCCAAUGGAGAGAUGAUGUACCCUUAUCAUGGGCUUCCAGGAUCGGGAGGAACUCCGCCACCACCUCAGAAUUCUAUGCCUCCACCUCAGCCCUACAUGCCACCGCCACCUGUAGUAACUUACACACCUGCCGUCCCCCCUGCGAAGAUAUCGUGCUACAACUGCGGCAGCAACAGCCAUCUUGCAACUGACUGUAAGGAUCUAACCAUGGAAGAUCUUACUAAACGAGCUCAGUAUCGAAUAGACUACUCGAAUACGAAACAACCUGGAGAGUGUUCGAGUUUAGAAAAGUGAUCCCCUACCAAGGAUAACCCAUCCGCUAUUUACCUUCUAUAUUGUAAUUACUUUUGUCAUAUAAUUUAUAAUAUUAUAUAUUUACUAUAUAUAAUAUUGUCACCUUUGAUAACAUGUAUAUGAAUAAGUUAUACUAAUGUAAAUAGGAUAUAUAUUAUGUAUAUAAAAUUAGCGUGGCUGUCAGUAACAAAGAUAAUCAGACGCAAUAUCAUUACCACUGCACGACUGUGUCUGAAAUGUAAAUCAAAAUAAGAAAAAAAAAAAAAAAAAAAAUACUGAUCCAAUUAGUCUUCAAAGCUAGCAUUUUUUUAAUUAUCAACUUGUCAUCAAUCACUUUGUUAUAUAUACCUUUGACAAGUUUUAAUUUAUAUUAGUAACUAUGUUAUUAUUAUUAUUAAAAUGAUUAUUGUUAUUAUUAGUGUAAAUACGACGAUAAAUAACUUUGUGUACAAAAUAUAACUAAUUUCACAUUCUUAUUAUACUUGUUUUUAGAAUAUAUGUUGCAGAUAUUAUAAAAAAAACCAAUUUCAAUGUUGAUAUUUCCUUAUGAUUUUCAACAGUAGAAAUUAGAAACAGUGAAACAAAAUAGAGAACAAAAUUUUUAACAAAAUACCGUACUUUGAUAUCGAAUUGUAUAAUUCGAUUUCAAAUAUUAUGUUAUUUUGUGUAUGGAUGUGUAAGUCUUAAAAUGUAGAUUUUAACACUUCCACUACUAUUACUAUUGUUGAUUAAAAAAGAAAUAACAAUUAAAAUAUAUAUUGACAGAGAUUUCUAAUUAUACAAAUUAAAAUUUUUUACAACUAUUAGCUUAAGAGAAUCUUAUAAUUAAUGUAAUGUAUGUGAAUAAAACUUUGAUCUUUUUCCCUUUACUUGGAUUAACAAACGUUAUCAUCAAAAAUUAUCAAAUUGGAUUCCUUGUAAGGGCAGAUGUAUAUGGUACUAAACAUCUAUUUAUGCUUGAAGCAAUUUUUAAAAUAAAUCUUUUAAAAGAUA